AUAAUUUGUUAAUAAUAUAACAAUUAUUAAAAAUAGUUUGUUAAUAAUUAAAGUUAAAAUUUAAUUCUGUCUCGCAACCAUAUAUGUAUAAAUAGUUAAAUAGCGAAGAACAUCUGAUUUUCUAUAUUUAGAAUUUUCUUAUAUUUUUUUUUGAUUUCAGUUUUGGGCACCUUGCCCUUGCGUACAUCACUGCAUGUUGAUGUAUUUACUAUAGGUACACAUAUAAUGUACACUAAAAAUUUGUGUUCUAUAUUGAUCCAUUGAUAUGGAUAAGCGAGGAUCAUUUGUAAAAACAAAUAUAUUAUAAAAUAUGACGUACAAAUUAAAGUUGAAAAAGAAAAAGUUUUUCUAUUUAGCAGAAAAAAUAAAAAGUUUGCCAUUUCCAUUAGUCGAAAAGGAAAAGAUAAAUGCAAUUUUUAACGGGUUUUCCGUUGAAGUGAUUGAUAGUUCUAAUUUUUCUUUAAUAUACAAUAAUGGUUGUUUUGGAAAAGGUUCCGCCUCAAGAAGUGCUCCAAAUAUUGUCAGAAGAAAUAAAGAUUUUCCUACCUCCGAUGAAACCGUACAUUCAUGUGAAACUUUAGUUUUGGAUCUAGAAGAAGCAUUUUUAUUGGCUCAUUUUGUUAAAACAUUAGAAAUUACAGACAUUCAAGGAAAUGUCAUAAAUAAUUUCGAACUAUUUGUUAAAUUUUGUGAGUUGAAGCCGAAUUUUAUCAAUUGCUUAGUGGCAUACCUUUAUUUAAAAUACAAUCAAUGGAUAAUUAAAACUGGAAUUAAAUAUGGUGCAAAUUUUUUAUUAUACAAGGAGAAUGUUCGUCUAUAUCAUGCAAGUUUUGUUGUAAUUUUGGCUGAUAACUUACCUUUAAUGACUAGAAGUAUCCAAGUUAUACAACGAGUAGCUGAAUCCGCAGAUAAAGAUGUAAUGGUUUUGCAAGUCAUCAAACCGGUGGACCUAGAUAUCACAGACUUAAAUCAAGUAUUUUCUAGAUUAACUGAGUUCAAAGUGAUCGAAAUAGUUCUGAAAAGGUUUGAUAUAUCUAGAAAUAAUUAA